AUGAACUUUGAACAGUCUGAUAUGUAUCUGGAGCUGCAUAUCAUCACAAUGUUUGGUGGUUGCUUCAAGCAGACUGAUAUAUCUAAUGCAAUGUGUAAGGAUUGCUUUCAAAUUAAUGCAGGUGUUGAUAGCUUUGAUGUAGACAUGGAUCAGCAAAAAGUCACAGUUGUCGGGUAUGUAGAUAGAAGGAAGGUCCUAAAGGUUGUAAGGAGAACAGGGAGAAAAGCAGAGUUUUGGCCAUUUCCAUAUGAUAGUGAGUACUAUCCCUAUGCAGCCCAGUACUUGGAUGAAUCAACUUACUCAUCCACAUACAACUAUUACAUGCAUGGUUAUAAUGAGAGCAUGCAUGGGUAUUUCCCAGAUCUCCCUUACUCAACACUUGAUGACAAAUUUGCUUAUAGCUUCAGUGAGGAAAAUGUCCAUGCAUGCAGCAUCAUGUGA